GCUUUACAGCGCCCUGUUGAUCUUUCAGCUCCGAAGAAGCCGCUGUCGCCGUUCGCCAAGUUCCGUCAGCUCGACAGGCAAAAUAGCGCCAGUUUGUCGCCAAGCCCCGUAAAAUCGCCGGCCACGGAAUUUCGAUUCAAAUUCACCGAACCAACCGUACGAGAUAACGCUGCGCAAAUUAAAGAGCGUUUACUAGCGUGGUGCCGAUCGAAAACCAAAGAGUACGAGAAUGUACAGCUUGACAACUUCUCGACAAGCUGGAACAACGGUUUGGCAUUCUGCGCGUUGAUCCACCACUUUAGGCCGGAUGCUUUCGACUACAAUUCUCUACGUCCGGAGAACCGCAGGAAAAACUUCGAACUGGCUUUUACGAAGGCCGACGAAGUCGCUGGGAUCGCGCCGUUACUUGACGUCGAGGACAUGGUGAUGAUGCAACGGCCGGAUUGGAAGUGCGUCUUCACUUAUGUUCAGUCCAUCUAUCGUCGUUUCAAGGAUGAAGACUAACACGGCUAAAGUUUAAAAUCGCAGCCAGCAACAGCAGCAACAUAAUUCCAUUUCACGCCAAGACAUAACACGCUACACGUAGAAAAUAAAGUUUUUCUAACUCAUAUGUGGUUGGAAGAACAAAUAGCCAUUCAUUUUUGUACGCAGUCAGACUGGUGUUCCUGUGGCCACAUGUGAAUCAAAUCUGGUAGUAAGCGUAGAACUUUUCAGACAAUGUCCUACAAUGAUGAUGAUGACGACGAUGACGAUGAGAUGACGGCAAUGAUGAUGAGUCAUUGAAAUUAGUCUCACGACUGCGUGAGAAGCUAUAAUGCAUUCGUACAUGUCUUAUAUUUUCGUAUCUCGCAUAUUUUCCUGGCACGCAGCCUUACUAACGUAACUACUUAUUUCUACCGAUACGAUGCUGAUGCAGCGGCUAAUGGUUUCUAUAAAAAAAAUGCACGACCAGUAUCCACGUGUAAAAGCGAAACGCAGAAUCGUUGCCAGUGACGUUAGCGUCGAUAUUAUAAAACUAAUAAAAAAUGUCUUAAGAAUACCAAAGAGAUUUCUCAAAUAAAUAUGUGAUAUGAGAAGAA